AUACUAACUCCGGAUCCAGAGGAGGGCUGGGCCGGGGCCCGGGGUGGCCACCCCCUGGAUCCGGCAGUGCCGCUCCCCUGUCCUCAUUAGGUGUUAAGAAAUGGAGGGCCAUGCAUCCAUGCAAAGUGAAGAAUGGCGGAAGAAACCUGUCCACUUCAUUUCUUAUGUGGCGGCGACCCUUCAAUGCCCUCCUUUCUCCUAUAAAGAAUACCUCUGCAAAUUUCAGCAAACACUGCUCAUCACUUUGACACUUACCACAACAUCAUCAUCAUCAUGGCGAGAUCCAGCCCUUCACUUCUCUGCCUCUCACUCUGCCUUUCCGCACUCCUCUUCCACGCUUCACAGGCUAGGCAGCAAUGGCAGCAGGGGAACGAGUGCCAGCUCGACCGGAUCAACGCGAUCGAGCCCGACAACCGCAUCCAGAGCGAGGCCGGUACGAUCGAGACUUGGAACCCAAGCCACCAGCAGUUCCAGUGCGCUGGAGUUGCCAUUGUGAGGCGCACUAUCGAACCCAACGGCCUUCUCUUGCCGUCUUACAGCAACACUCCUCAGCUCAUCUACAUCGUUCAGGGAAGGGGACACACUGGAAUCAUGUUCCCGGGAUGCCCCGAGACGUUCGAGGAAUCGCAGCAGUUUGAAGAAGGCGGCAGUGGGCGAGACCAGCACCAGAAGGUUCGCACCUUCCGUGAAGGAGACAUCAUCGCCAUCCCCGCCGGAGUAGCCCACUGGUGCCACAACGAUGGCAACGAUCCCGUCAUCGCUGUGACCGUCCACGACACCUCCAGCCACCUGAACCAGCUUGACAACAACCCCAGGAACUUCUACCUGGCCGGGAACCCGGAAGACGAGUUCCAGGAAUCACAGCAAGGAGGAAGGCUGAGCCGCAGCCAGGACGAGAAGCGAAAGAGGCGCCAACGCCAAGGAGGCUCCUCCACCUGCAACAACCUCUUCUGCGGACUGGACUCCAGCUUCAUCGCCGAGGCUUUCAACAUCGACGAGAGCUUGGCGAGGAAGUUGCAGGGCGAGAAUGACAACAGAGGCAGCAUAGUCCGAGUUGAAGGCCAGCUGGAGUUUGUGAGGCCUCCGAAAAGGAUUCAGGAAGAGAGACAGCUGCAGGGUGGCCGUGGGCUUGCCAAUGGCCUGGAAGAGACCUUCUGCUCCAUGAGGAUGAAGGAGAACAUCGGGGAUCCCUCACGAGCAGACAUCUUCACCCCUGAAGCUGGCCGCAUCACCACCGUCAACAGCCACAACCUCCCCGUCCUCCGAUGGAUCCAGCUCAGCGCUGAGAGGGGUGUUCUUUACAACGAAGCCAUGAGGCUGCCGCACUGGAACCUGAACGCCAACAGCAUAAUCUACGCCAUCAGAGGGCAGGCCAGAGUCCAGAUUGUGAACGAGAACGGCAACUCGGUGUUCGACGGCGAGCUGCGCGAGGGACAGGUGCUGACGGUGCCCCAGAACUUCGCGGUGGUGAAACGCUGCGAGAGCGACAGGUUCGAGUGGGUAUCUUUCAAGACCAACGACAACGCCAUGGUCAACUCGAUCGCCGGAAGAACCUCCGCCAUCAGGGCUAUACCGGCUGACGUUUUGGCCAACGCGUGGAGGGUAUCGCCGGAGGAGGCCAGGAAGUUGAAGUUCAACCGCCAGGAGACUCAUUUGGCCAGCUCAAGGUCUCAGUCCUUCAGAGCUGCAGCAGCUUAGAGGCUAACAUGAGUUAUGCAGCUUAGAUGCCAACGGCUGACUUUCUGAGUUUGUUUUUUACGGGCAGCAGCAAGGUGUGGAGAGAGGGAAGUAGGCAAGUAGCCCCUAACCACAGUAAGAAUAAUGUAAUAAAGUAAAUGGGAGUAGGAGCUCCAAAUGUUUGACAAUUUAUGGAACACAGAGUUCGAAUCCCAAAUCUGAAACCAACCCAGAGUGGACUCUUAACAAAUGUGACUAAAACCAGACUAUGAUAUACUAUUAUGAUACGUACAAGCUUUCUUUCUCUCAAAGUGAAGAGAAAAUAGGGACCCCUGGCAAGGUGACUCCAGCAUCCACAAUGAAGAUAUUGCCCGUCACAUACUGCGACGAAUCAUGGAUUAGGUAUCGAAUAAGGGAUGUCAAUGCCGGAUCUGCAGUUCCAUAUGUUUGUAGAGGAACCGUCUUCUCAGCAACCCGAGUGAGCCAGUCUUUCUGCAUCAAACCUUUGGUGAUCUCGGACUUGAAAAGUCCAGGCGAUAUUGAGUUGACCCUGAUCUUGUACACCCCCAACUCCAGCGCCAUCACCUUAGUCAUGGCAUUAACUCCCGUCUUUGAAGAAACAUAGCCAACACCACCAGGCAAUUGACCACGAUGGAGACCAGCAAUCGAUGAGAUGUUGAUUAUGGAACCUCCAACCUUCGCAUCACGCAUCCUGAUGCCAACUGACUUGGAAACCAACCAAGUGCCAGUCAAAUUCGUCUUGAUCACAUGAUUCCACUCUUCUUCAGACAAUUCCAAUGGGGUCCUGACACUACCUCUAACGCCUGCAUUGUUGACCAAUGCAUCUAUCCUCCCAAACGCCUCCCAAGCCUUCUGUACAGCUUGAUCAAUGGCAGCACCACCGGCUGAUACAUCCAGCUCCACCGCCACAGCACGCAGACCAUUGGUAGGCUGCCCUGACGCGGACGAAGAAGAUUGAGGGGCUGGGAACGGGAGCUGAUUGAUCUGGCUGCACAGAGAUUGCAGGCGAUCGAUACGCCUAGCAGCAGCCACUAUCCUGCACCCGGCUUUCGCUAGGUCGAGACAGAAGUCUCGGCCUAAACCCAAAGAUGCACCCGUGACCAGCACCACUUUGUCUGACAAGUUGCACCAUGGCUCGAGCUGGGCUGGCACAGCGUUAGCCAUUUCCU